AUGUCGUCCAUUCCUCGCAUCAUCGACAGCGACAGCGACUGCGAUGACGACGUCCCGCUCUCCGCGUUGCGCGCCAAGGCCCCGGCGGUGAAGGAAGAGGUCAAGACGGAGGUCAAGAGCGAGGUGAAGGGGGAGCUGCCGGCGGUCAACGGGCUCAGCGCCAAUGGCAACGGCAACGGCAAGCGGCAGGCGGCGCCCGACAGCGACAGCGACGACGACAUCCCGAUCAGCGGACUGGCCAAGCGCAAGAAGAUGAAGGUGGAGACGAAGGUCAAGGCGGAGAAGGCGUCCGUGGCCACGCCCAGCUCGCGCGCGACGCCGCGGAACACCCCGCGCAAGACCAAGAAGAGGGUAAUAAAGAUUAAAAUCCGCCAGCAGGAGUGCUCGGAGGCGCUGUACGAGACGCUCAAGGGCCGACUGGCGCAGGAGCUGCUGUGCCGCUGGUGGUACGCGAUGGAGUGGCCGCCCGUAAAGAAAUCAGCAUCGGAGCUCGACGGAUACCCCGGCGCCUUCAUCCGCGUUAAGGGCGAUGACUUAGGCUCGAUCAUAGACACUCGGUCAUCAGUGGGCAAGCCGUCGUUCCUGCACUUUUUCGCAAUGCCUUCGGCGGAUCUCCUCAAGCUGCUACUCCAGGCGUACGACAAGCAAAUGGAGGUGUUGGUUGAGCACGAGGGACCAGAUACCCCGCUACUGAAGCAAUUGCAAAAGGAGCGCGCGUCGGCGUCGCGCAUUGACCCGGACAAGGCCGACCGAAGCGUUCGGAAGCUUCUCAAGGAGUUCGCCGAGCUGGACCGAGAGAUCAAGGAGAGCCCGCAAAACACCAACGCCAAACUCUUCGAGAACACGAGUGCACGCAACCCAGCAGUAAAACACACAGCAAAGACCCCCGACAUCUGUAGACGAUAA